AUGGAAGGCGCGGAGAAAGAAGAGGAAACAGUGCUGGAGGGGGCAUUGGAAGAGCCGGGGGGGGGGGGGGAGUGGGAAAUGGGAAAUUCGAGAAACCAGACACUCGGGGAGAACCAGACAAACCGGGCCCGGGGCGAGGCUGGAGUAGCCGCCAGGGCGGGGCGGAGGGCGCGGGACCUGAACUGCCGGGUCCCAGGAUCGGAGGCUGGAGGCAGGGGUCUCCCAAGCUUCCGGGGGAGGGAGAACAGACCAGCCCCCGCCUCUCCGUGCUGGAUGGACUCUGGCUCAGAGACCACGCCCUCUAAUCAAGAGGCCACGCCCCAAGCUAGAGGCCACGCCCCCAACUUGAGUCCCAAAGCCUGGAGGGGGCGCUGGCGAGAGCGGGGCAGAAAGCAGAUGAAGGGCACAAACUUUCCGCCCCGAUCGCUCCCUCCUCCGCGCCCGGCGCCUCCCGCUCCAGCCCGGCUCAUUCCGCACAUUCCUGCCAACCCCCUCCCCACGGCCCCCCGGGCCCCCCUUCCCCAUCUGUCUUGUCCCAGACUCCCCCCAACCCUCCCAGACCCCUUGGCCCGCCAAAGCGGGGCCCCCGACCGGAGCCCCCCUCCCCGGAGCUCGGACCAGGUCCUCGCGUGCCCAGCGGGCUCGAGGCCAGAGCCCAGAGCAACCAGCACAAUAGCGUCCAACAGCUGGAACGCCAGCAACAGCCCCGGAGAGGGCCGGGAUGAUGGGCCCGAGGGGCUGGACAAAGGGCUGGACAAUGAUGCGGAGGGGGUGUGGAGCCCCGACAUUGAGCAGAGCUUCCAGGAAGCCCUCGCCAUCUACCCUCCCUGUGGGCGGCGUAAGAUCAUCCUCUCAGAUGAAGGCAAGAUGUAUGGUCGCAAUGAGUUGAUAGCCCGAUAUAUCAAACUAAGGACAGGAAAGACUCGGACAAGGAAACAGGUCUCUAGCCACUUGCAGGUUCUAGCCAGGCGGAAAUCGAGGGAGAUUCAGUCCAAGCUGAAGGCCAUGAACCUGGACCAGGUCUCCAAAGAUAAGGCCCUCCAGAGCAUGGCUUCUAUGUCCUCAGCUCAGAUUGUCUCAGCCAGCGUCUUGCAGAACAAACUCAGCCCACCUCCCCCACUCCCCCAGGCAGUGUUCUCUGCCGCUGCUUCACGGUUCUGGAGCGGACCCCCUCUCCCGGGACAGCAGCCGGGACCCUCUCAGGACAUCAAACCCUUCGCACAACCAGCCUACCCCAUCCAGCCACCCUUGCCACCCACACUCACUAGUUAUGAGCCCUUGGCCCCACUCCCACCAGCCGCCUCCGCCGUGCCCGUGUGGCAGGACCGCACCAUCGCCUCCGCUCGACUUCGGCUCCUAGAGUAUUCAGCUUUUAUGGAAGUGCAGCGAGAUCCAGACACGUACAGCAAGCAUUUGUUCGUGCAUAUUGGCCAGACCAACCCUGCCUUCUCGGACCCUCCCCUGGAAGCGGUGGACGUUCGCCAGAUCUAUGACAAGUUCCCUGAGAAGAAGGGUGGGCUGAAGGACCUCUAUGAGAAGGGGCCACCUAAUGCCUUCUUCCUUGUCAAGUUCUGGGCCGACCUGAACAGUACCAUCCAGGAUGGCCCCGGGGCUUUCUACGGGGUCAGUUCCCAGUACAGCUCAGCUGACAGCAUGACCAUCAGCGUCUCCACCAAGGUCUGCUCCUUCGGCAAGCAGGUGGUGGAGAAAGUGGAGACGGAGUAUGCACGGCUGGAGAAUGGCCGCUUUGUGUACCGCAUCCAUCGCUCCCCCAUGUGUGAAUAUAUGAUCAACUUCAUCCACAAACUGAAACACCUACCUGAGAAGUAUAUGAUGAACAGCGUCCUGGAGAACUUCACCAUCCUGCAGGUAGUGACGAGUCGAGACUCCCAGGAGACACUGCUGGUCAUUGCCUUUGUCUUCGAAGUAUCCACCAGCGAGCAUGGGGCCCAACAUCAUGUCUAUAAGCUGAUCAAGGACUAGGGUCUCCUUUCCUGAUUCAACUACCACCUGCCGACCUAGGGCCAGGGCCCAGGACAUGUCUCCCCUCCUCAUCCCUACCUCCUGACCUGGGGGCCUUGGUCUAGGACAUGCCCCUUAACCUUCUACCCGCCUGCUGACCCAGGUCCCAGGCCCAGGACAAGUCCCACCCCUAUAUACACUCCACUCUCCUGUGGUCUAUGCUUUAAUUGUUGAAGAAGACAGACUAGCCUUGGGCAGUGGGGCAGCCAGCCCUCUCUCACACCGAAACUGUCGUUUUCCUUUCCCACCCUCCCCUCUCCACCAUUAUCCAGUUCAAGUGAGGCUGUGACUGACCUGGAUCUGGGGCAAUGGGGGCCUCUCUAGACUGGAAAGAGGAUCAAAAAGACCAACCUUAAGUUCUCUGAGAAGCAGGCUCUAGUCCAGGGGAGUGGGCUGGGACAGGUUCAGGUAAGGUAGAAGAAGGAUUAGAGCGGACCAGCUAGGGUCACAGAAAGUGAGACGCCCCCCCCACCUCCCAAGGGGUUUUCUGAGGAGUAUGAUGGGAAGACCAUAGCCCUAGAGGCAGUCAGCUGAUGCAGGGAAGGGAAGGACUUGGGACGUAGACAGCUGAAGACUACAGAGUGAAACUGGGAAAGAGAAGAGUGGGUGAGGAGAGACAGAAAGUGGAAGAGGAGAUAGCCAGAGAAUGGAAUAAUGAAUGAUGAAGCAGAGUUAGGAGUGGGGAAUGGGAAUCCCACCAGGGACUGAUCAGAGGAGGGACAGGCAGCAUUCCCAGGGCCAGUCCUAGCUGAAGCUAGUAAAGGGUGGAGAUGGGCUCCGUAUGUAGAGGUUUCCAACAUGGAGCAUGGAGUUGCUCCAUUGUCUGAUGCCCCAAGGGUUCUAGGAGACGGGCAAGGGUCAGGUAGUAGGGUUUGCUGCUGGUUUGACAUGGGAUCCCUGUGGAGCCACACCAAAGAACCAGGACCAACUCAUUUAUUGAGGCAGGUUUGUAGGCCUAGGGAAGUUGGAAGUGGCAAUAACCAAUCACAGUUAUUGAACACUGGGUGAGUGAGCUCAGAGUUCACCACCAGCGGACAAGGGGUCCUUGAGACCGGAGCCUAGACUUCUAUAAUUUGGGUCAUGGAAGAGGGGCGGACCGGUGGCCAUCCCAAAUGUUUGAAGUGAAACCAUCGAUUGUUAGCUGUGCCACCUUCAAGAAGGACCUAGAGGCCUUAAUGCUGAGUGUCGUUCUCCUUCCUUAAGGAGACCAUGGGAGGACUAGCCAUGGCCCCACCGUUCACCAGCACAACUACCCCCAGAUGCCACCCCCCAGACAUAUGCAGCCUUCUGCCCCCACAAAAUACCUCACAGAAACACACCACACAUAAUGAAUGGCAUAUCACACACAUCCUGCAGUAGCCUUUCUAAUGGUGCCCCCAGACCUGUCCUAUGGAGUACCCCCCCAGACCAGCAACCUAUCUCUAUACUUGCCACCAUCUGCCUACACUAUAGCCGGUUGGUGUCACCACCACACCUCUCACUCUCCCAGGAAUUAGACCUCAUUUUACCCAAUUCCCUUCCUGGUGUUGGCAGAGGGAACCAACUCCCAAUACUACUUAACUCCCUUUUCCCACCAAACUUGAAGAUUUCAUUUAGUAGCCCUUAAUUAAGUGCCUGCUCCAGAGAACAAAACAAGGCCAUCUUGCUCUCACAGAGAUUUCAGUCUGGACUUCCCUUUGGGGCGGCCCUGCUCUUAGGGCUAAGGUUGUUGAGAGUGGGGAGAGGAAUAGACUAAGGGCCUAUGGCUUAGAACCUAGGGCUGGAGAGACUUCCAGAGAAUCAGACUUAGCUGGAGAGAACUGAAGAGCCCUGUCUCUUUAGGGGUCAGCUCAUAACCCCACCUCCUAAAAUUCUAGUUUGGCUGAGAUCUCUAAAAGAAAAAAUAGAUGGAGAUGUGGGUUGAUCCCAUUUUCUCCCCUAGGGCUUUUGGUGGGGACCAGUCCUCAGGCCCACCACUAGGAAUGAAGGUUAACCCUCCCUCUCUCCUGGUGUGCCCAUAACCCCAAAGAGCCACCCCCCACUGGCCUUCCCUCUGACAUCAGCAUGGAAGAGGUAACAAAAGCCUUUGAUUAUUUAUGAGUUUCAUAUGAAGUACUGUUCCCCUUCUCUCCCACCACAUGUCACCCCCUCCCAAGGUGUGUCCCUCCCCCCUGAGCUUCCCCUUGGCCCUUCAUGGAUUACAAAUUGCUCAGGCCACCCCACACCCUUCCCACCCUCUCCCCACACCCUGUUUUGUAAUGUAUAUUAUAUAUAUAUUAUAUAUAUAUAUUUUUGUGUAUUUUUUUAAUCCAGCUGUGAUGGGUUGUAUCAUAUCCGAGGCGUGUGGCAGGGCAAAGUGGCCUUCAAGAGGCCAAGCUCCUGCGUGGAAAAAAAUUAAAGUU